AAUAAAAUGUAUAACAGCCAGAUAUAUGUUGUUGUUGUUUUUUUAAAUUGUUGUAUGUUAAUGUUACUUUUUAUAUGUUUUAUUGUCAUAGUGUUAUAGAGUUUUAUGUUAUUUUUGUUAUAUGUAUGACGUCUACUGCGUAGAUGAAUGAUGCUUGCCAAGUCGUAAGAAUUUUGCUGUGCUGAAGCAAUUUGGUACAUGCAAUAAUAAACACACUUUGACUUUGACUUUGACUUUAAACAACUAAAGGUGACUUGAUUUGUCUUAAUCCAUCUAAUAUAUUUCUCCAGGUCUAUAAGUGAACCUGAUGGCUGGCAGACAGACCCUCCGGGCGGACAGAGGCAGUUGCUCCGGGGCUGUGGUGGCGGAUGACAGCCCUGCAUCCAGUCCGGGCUCCAGUCCCAGUCCGGACGGGACUCCUCGGGAGCUCCAGCGGUCCAGGGUGCUGCAGGCCGGGCUCGGCGGCAGAGGACGCCCGGCAGCGGCCAACGCGGCCCGGGAGAGGAGCCGGGUGCAGACGCUGAGGACCGCCUUCCUGGAGCUACAGAGGACUUUGCCGUCCGUGCCGCCGGACACCAAGCUGUCCAAACUGGACGUGUUGAUUCUGGCCACCACCUAUAUCGCCCAUUUGACUCGGACACUACAAGAAGAAGGCGAUGAGGGAGAGAGCACAAAACAAACAGAAGCGUUGCACUCAUUGAAAGGUGAUGGAUACCUGCACCCAGUCAAGAAGUGGCCCAUGCGGUCCAGACUGUACGUGGGAGCCAGCGGACAGUUCCUCAACACCACACAUCCUGCAAAAUCAGAGAAUCAAGGCCCAUCAUCGUCCACUUCCCAUUAA